UGCCUGCAGCCACAAGUGCUCCAAAAUUUCCUCAAUUUUAAAAAUUCCAGGAAAUUUCUAUUUCUGUGAGCUACUUGCGAUUUCCUAGACCUCGACAUGAUUCCAAAACAAUUAUUUUCUCAUUCAACAAACACUGGGAUUCUAACGUCAGCGAUUUUUUUGAGUUAAAUUGCAAUAAACAAAAAUAAAUUAGAAUGAGUGAGAAAAAAGCCCCGGCGCCUGGCGAAGGCCUUAGAUCUCUCAGAAGUACAACAUUGUUUAGAGCUGUGAAUUUUGAAUUAUACGUAAAACCAAAUUUGGUAAUAAUGGGAUUAGGACUAGUGGCUUUUACGGGGUGUUUGGGCUAUAUUGCAUAUAUGAGGAACAAGUAUGACGCACUUGGGUAUUACCCUGCAAUUCAGGAGGACGGACGAGAGGAAUAUGUGAAACGGAAGUCGAAAUGGGACGAUUGAGUAGUUAUUAGUUCCAAAAUAGUUUUUCUUGUAAAUAGUAAAUGAUUCAACCACAGGAUUCAAGGUUGGCGCCUUGACAGCUGUACCAAUCGUCAAACUUGUGUCACUUUUAAAUUAUUAAUUUAUUGUUUAAUCACUUGUAUAAAUAAAUUCAUAUUGUUGUA